GCAGGAAGAGUGCCUGAAGGACGAGCGGAAAGGGAGGAAGAAGAGCGCAGGAACAUCCCUGAACUCUCUUCCCCUCCUGCAGCUCCUUGCAGCCCCGAUUGUACCAGUGCCUGUCCCUCCCCGUCAAGAUCUAUCAGGACCAGUCAGCCCGACGGCCACCUACAGCAAACCGUGAAGGUCAGCACUGACCAGGUUAGACGACGAUAGGAACCUGCCAGGACUUCUCAUCCACGACGACAGCCACACCUGCUGGUUCAGAUAGGCAGCAAUAAGAGGAGAGUCUCGGAUAGUCCGCAACCGCUCUUCUAACUCUUUGAGUGCUAUCCUAACGAAUUUUGGGCGAUGGUCGAACUCGAUGAUUUCAAGCCGUCCUUCACGCCAGCAGUUGCUGCUGAGUUCAUUGGCACGUUCCUUGUACAAUUCCUCGCGUCUGCAUGUGCGGCAAAUGCAGCAGACAAUGGUCUAGCGGCAGCGGCGCUUGGAACAGGAUUCGCAUUCGCAAUGGUGAUGUACAGCAUCUCACACAUCAGCGGAGGACACCUCAAUCCUGCAGUGACUGUUGGGCAUCUGAUCACGGGGGGAGAAGAUCUCAAGCUUAAGGAGGGAUUGUCGUACAUCAUCGCUCAGUUCUUCGGGGCGGUCUGUGGGGCGUUCUUGGCAAAGAGCUGCUUGCCUAUCGAAGCUCUGGUCCAUCCUUUUGUUACCAUGGGGUCUCUCUCGGACAAGCAUGGGGAGCAGGUUUUCAUGAUGGAAUUCAUCUGUACAUUUCUUGUCGUUCUCGUCUUCUACGCCACUGUCGUGGACAAGAAUCGGAGUGUCGCUGACAACGCAGCUCCGAUCGCUGUCGGCUUGUGCUAUGCGAUUGGAAUCUUUGCUGAGGGGCCAUACACUGGUGGGGCCAUGAGCCCAGCGAGGACAUUCGGGCCGGCGGUUGCCUUUGGCACUCUUGAACAUGUGUGGUACUACGUCCUUGCGACGUUCUUGGGAGGAAUCGCAGCAGCAUAUUUCUAUGUGUAUGUCAUUGGGUUGCACGAGAAGGACGAGCACACCCGGGACACUCAGAGCGGCCCGAUGGCGGCCAAGUAUGUGUGAGGCUUCCUGGGUUCUCAAAGAUUUUUUACAACUACUUAACAUGCAAAUGAAAAGACGAC